AUGACAUUCUCAAAUAUCACGCUGAACGACGGUGCUAAGAUCCCGUCUAUUGCGUUCGGGACUGGGAGUGUAUGGAAAGGACAGGAUGUCGUGACAUAUAUUGACCAAGCUCUCGAAGCUGGUUUCUCUCACAUCGAUACCGCAGCUAUAUACAAGAAUGAAGACUCCGUUGGGACAGCCAUCCGUGAGAGCGGCCUGCAGCGCAGCGAUCUCUACAUCACGACAAAGUUCGACGGAGGUAUCAUCAGGGAUGCCCUUCUGAGUAGCUUGUCCAAGAUUGGCAUCAAAUCCGUAGACCUCUACCUCAUCCACUUCCCUGGGGUCAUCGCGGAUGGGGACUUGGAGGGUGCUUGGGCGCAGAUGGAGGCGGUGCGGGAUGAGGGCUUGGCCAAGAGCAUCGGCGUCAGCAACUUCAAAGUUGCCGACUUGAAACGGGUCGUCAAGGUUGCAAAGGUGAUCCCCGUAGUAAACCAGAUCCGCUUCCACCCAUAUAACUUCGCAGAAUACGCCGAGCUGCUGGAGUAUUCAGCGCAGUAUGGUAUUGUGACAGAGGCGUACGGAUCUCUGGCUCCAAUCACGACUUUCCCCAACGGCCCUCUCAGUCCCCUUCUCUCCACGAUCGCAAAGCGUUUGUCCACAGACGAGAAAGUCCAAGCGACGCCCGCUCAGGUCAUCUUCAAGUGGGUGCAGAGCAAGGGUGCGGUGAUCGUCACGACGAGCGGGAAGAAGGAGAGGCUCGAGGAGUAUCUUGCAGUCGAGAGUCUUCGUGAGUUCAGCACCAUCGGCCAGGGAGAUCCAUGUAAACAAGAGGGCUGA